UCGGGCUCGAUGAUACCGACAGUCGAAAGCAGUGAGAGAGGGAAAGAAGCGACGACGCAGAGAGAAAUGGCUGAGGAGAGGAGCGGAGGGGAGGGUGAAGAAGGGAAGAGUUCGGCCUCCGCCACGAAUAAUUGGAGAAAGGAGGUCGACGUUAAACUGAAGCGGCUCCAAUCCCUCCUGUUCGGCGCCGAUCUCGCCCUGGAGCGGGGCGAUCACGCCGCCGCCGGAACCCUCGCUCUCCGCCUCAUCGGCUUCCUCGACUCACAGGCGAGAAACCCCAUUGACGCUUCCUUCGUCAGUCCCAUCCGCGCCGAGGCUUCCUCCAAGCUCGCCGCCGCCUCCCGCGCCCUCGCUGUCGACUCGGAUCGACAGGCAUUUGAACAAGCAAGAAAAGAUGUUGGUUGUAUUUUUUUUAAAAAAGGAGAUGUUGACAUCGAGAAGAUUAAGGAGUCCAAGUAUUUCCGAACUUUCAUCAAUAAGUCCAAAGAAAAUGUUGCUGGAGAUUUGAUCAACAACACAUCAUCAUGUAGCAAUUCUUCGGCUGUUAAAGGUUCUGAUAUCAAGGAAAACCAGAGGAUACUGGAUAAACAACAUGAAAAGUCAAGCAUCCAUACGGCAAAGCUUAUGACACAGACAAAAAUAACAUCAAUAUAUGGCAAUAAACCCUCAAAUCCAGAUAAUGCGACUUACAAGACAGUUCGGAAUUGCCAAAGUGACAUUCCUCAAGAGUGCACUGUUUUUGACAAUGAAAAGACAAGUAGCAAUAACUCUUUGAAAAACAAAGAUGGCCCUGUUUGUUUGCAAGGUGAAGAGAUAGAAAAACCACAUGGAAUGACUUCAAGAUCAAAGCACCGGCACUCAGAAUUUACAAGUCCAAUUUGUGAAAAUGCAAAGUCUCCUUCAAGUAAUGAAGAAGCUAGUCUAGAUAUUUCUCACCAUGGAUUUGUGACCGCAAGGACAAAAUUGGAAAUGGAUGCUAAGCAAAGACCUUGUUCAAUGGGCCCUGCAAAUGCCUCUGUGUCACCGCAAGUCAAUAAUAAUUCAUUUGGGAAUGUGAGAAACUAUGGCAUGAGGUAUGGCAAUGUUACCCGUCGUGGUGUUCGAGGUAACUUUGUCCCACCUAUCAGAUCCAGUGGAGGCAAUACAGGUAAUAUGAUUAGCCCAAGGAUUUCAGGGCAGUGUGAUGAUGCUCUGCAAGAUUCAACAAGAAAAUGUAUAGAAAUGUUGUGUGGCCCUGAUGGUGAACUGCCUGAGAAGUUGAGGAACUUGGAACCUCGUCUUAUUGAACAUGUAAGUAAUGAGAUAAUGGAUAAAGACCCUAAUGUCCGGUGGGAUGACAUAGCUGGCUUGGAGCAUGCUAAGAAAUGUGUGACAGAGAUGGUAAUAUGGCCUCUUUUACGUCCUGACAUAUUUCAUGGUUGUCGUUCUCCAGGAAGAGGUCUACUGUUAUUUGGUCCUCCUGGAACAGGUAAAACAAUGAUUGGAAAAGCCAUUGCUGGAGAGGCAAAAGCAACUUUUUUCUAUAUAUCAGCAAGUUCGUUGACGAGCAAGUGGAUUGGUGAGGGGGAAAAGUUAGUCAGGGCACUUUUUGGAGUUGCCAGCUGUCGUCAGCCUGCUGUCAUAUUCGUGGAUGAAAUAGACUCCCUAUUGUCACAGCGAAAGUCUGAGGGUGAGCAUGAGUCAAGCAGGCGACUUAAAACACAAUUUUUGAUUGAAAUGGAAGGAUUUGACGGUGGAAAUGAUCAAAUUCUGCUAAUAGGAGCUACUAAUAGGCCGCAAGAGCUUGAUGAAGCUGCUCGCAGGCGACUAACUAAACGGUUAUAUAUACCUCUUCCAUCAUCAGAAGCAAGAGCCUGGAUUGUUCGUAAUCUUUUGGAGAAGGAUGGGCUCUUCAAGCUUUCAGAAGAAGACAUAAUUGCAAUCUGCAAAUUAACUGAAGGUUAUUCAGGAUCAGACAUGAAAAACCUUGUAAAAGAUGCAUCUAUGGGGCCACUUAGAGAAGCUCUAAGACAGGGCAUUGAGAUUACAAAACUUAGAAAAGAGGAUAUGCGGGCAGUUACUCGUCAGGAUUUUGAGUAUGCAAUGCAAGAAGUAAGACCUUCUGUUUCCUUGAAUGAAUUGAGUACCUAUGAGGAGUGGAACAGACAAUUUGGGAGCUUGUUGAUUUAGCCAUCUGAUUAACAACAUGCGCUGGGAACAGGAAUUGCCACGGCCAGCUGUUGUUGGAUCCAUGAUAUGCUUUAAGCUCUUUAAACAAUCUUUACCCGUAGAUGUGUAUCUGUAGGGGUCUUGCAAUUAUUUGUGUUAAUAGCAAUUUACAUGUAUGAGAAUCAGCCGUAAGGAGAUUUUGUUUCUGUUGAUCUCCAGAAAAUUGAAGUUACUUGGGUGUGGUGGCUUGGCUUGCAUUGAAUUUAAUUAACAAUAUGCUCACUUGAGUUUGUAGAUUUCCAGUAAUGUAUUACGCAAUCCUUAUAUCAAUGCUCACAUCAUUUUUGCAUAGAGAUGACCAAUUAAGUUGUGUUAUUGUAGAUAUUCCUGAUGUAGCUUCAGGCGUAUGCAAUACUGAUUGACUGUGUUCAAAGUUUCACUUUUUUGCCCAAGUCAAAACAUCAUGAUCGGAACAUCGGUUACUAGUGGUCAAGAGCAAAUUGGUUGGGUAGGUGUUGUAUGGCUCCAAGAAAGUCCUGCUGAUCACCAACUCUCUAGUUGUUCUCGUUGAUAAUUCCUGUUAAUCAUUGCAGAUGUUUUACCCUUAUCACUCCAAGAUUUGCAUCUGGUUUUAUCAUCUGGUAAUCUUUCCUUUUAGAAUUACUUGGAGCAAAUGAUUUGAAGUGAAUUGCUAAUGAAUGGACAACAUUAAGCAAAUGACACUUGGUUUCAUGAUUUGUAGCUUCUUUUUGAAGGGCAACUCUUUAAUUCCUAACUCAUUUGACUGCAAUCUAUGUUAAUUCUCUUAUUCAGAAGUUCAGACCCUCUCUCUUUUUUUUUUCUGUCUAUUUGGGUUAUACAGGUGACUUCUGUUCUUCAAUGGACCAAAUGCUGACGGAAGCAAGAUAAGGAAGAACACAUCAUAC